GCUGUGAUCUCGACGCAAAUCUCUCUCUCUCUCUCUCUCUCUCUCAUGACGCACAGGUUCACCGUGCUGUUUGUGGUACUCUGUGCCACCUUCCACAUCGCCUUUUCCGUCACUGACGGUUUAUUGCGCAAUGGAGACUUCAAGCAGGGCCCCAGGCCAUCAGAACUAAACGGCACAGUAGUGAGCAGCCACAACGCCAUUCCGUUCUGGGAAAUUUCAGGCUUCGUGGAGUACAUAAAACCGGGCCAGAAACAAGGUGACAUGUUGCUCGUGGUGCCGGAGGGUGCCCACGCUGUGAGGCUCGGCAACGAGGCUUCGAUUAAGCAGAAAGUGAAGGUGGCUAAGGGCAUGUUUUACUCCAUAACAUUCACCGCUGCUCGGACGUGUGCGCAAGAUGAGCGCUUGAACUUGUCGGUGAAUCCCAACGUAGAGAAAAAUGAUUGGGGGAUAUUGCCGAUGCAAACUUUAUAUAGUAGCGACGGGUGGGAUUCGUAUGCAUGGGGCUUCCAAGCCGACUAUCCGGAAGUUGAAUUUGUGAUCCAUAACCCGGGUGUUGAGGAGGAUGCAGCUUGCGGCCCACUUAUUUAUUCGGUUGCACUCAAGCUUUUGAACCCUCCAAAACGUACCAGAGCCAACGUGCUGAAAAAUGGAAAUUUUGAAGAAGGUCCAUAUCUGAUGCCCAAUACAUCAUGGGGUGUACUAAUCCCACCCCAUAUUGAAGACGAUCACAGUCCCUUACCGGGCUGGAUAAUUGGGUCCCUGAAGGCUGUGAAGUACAUAGAUUCCGAUCACUUUACCGUCCCGGAGGGCAAGAGAGCCGUAGAACUCGUGGCCGGAAAAGAAAGCGCCCUCUCACAAGUGGUGCACACAAUGCCUAGAAAGGUCUAUGUCCUAACAUUUGCGGUGGGUGAUGCUAACAAUUUGUGUGAAGGUUCGAUGAUGGUGGAGGCGUUUGCCGGGAAAGAAACUGUAAAGGUUUCAUAUGAAUCUAAGGGCAAAGGAGGGUUCAAGCGUGCCAAGCUUCAGUUCACGGCCGAGUCACCACGUACACAUAUCAUGUUCUUGAGCUCAUUUUACACCAUGAAAAGUGACCAUUCGGGUUCUUUAUGUGGACCCGUGUUGGAUGAUGUGAAGUUGCUUAGCGUUCGCAAUCCACAACGUGCUGCUUGAUUGCGUUGCUUUUAUGCGAUUGGAUUCUUGCUUGAUUCAUUUAAUUAGCUCAUUUUAUACUAUAGGUUUGAAUUUGAUGGAAGGAUCGAAUAGGAAGAAGAGGGUUUAAUGUGGGUUUUACAAUGUUCCAUUUAUGUAUUAAUCAUCCUCCAACUAGUAAAUAAGGUUCUUGGAUUAGAA